AUGGGCUCCAUGCACUGUUCCCACGCUGUUUCGAGCUGCAUUGCUUUGUUUCGCGGCGCUGGAGCAACUCGGCGUUUCGAAGCAUCCCAUGGGACACCGUGCACGAGUGGGCGACGCAGGGGUGCAGGUAUAGCAGCACCAGGCAUAUCAGCGCCAGCGACAGACAGCCAAGAGCAUGUGAGUGUCAAAAGUUGCGGUAUGCCCGAAGCAACGGGGGACGACCGUGUCUCCCGUCCCGUUGCUCGUCGGGGGCACGUUGCGGUCGGAGCGGGCUGUUGUAGGCGGCCCGUGUGCCCCAGGGCCUGUUUCUACCGAAACACCGAGCUUCAACUCUCCUCCCCCGACAAAAGGCAAAACGGGGCUGAUGAGGGAGGGCCGGCCAAACAGCGAGACAAGGAACACAGGCCCAGAAGGCCCGACAGAAGCGGGCGAAGCACUCGGCGAAUCGUGUCUCUGAUGAUGCCAACCUCGCUCUGGUGUUCCACGUCGGGCCCUGCCCUGCCUCGCAUCUCGCUCAGAUCACUCAUCAACAUCGAUCCUUGGCGUCCUCGCCAAUGGCCCCAAGGUGUCGGAGUGGAGAGGCAGCAUGUCGGGGCCGGGCCAGGGCACGGUCAUGGCGGAGCGGGUAGCCAUGCGCCGUUGCGUCGUGUCUGCUUCUGCCAUCGCGAUCCCCGUCAGCGUCACAAUCGUCUUGUCCACCUCGCCUGA